UCAGCGGCACCACUCUCUCCCCCCCUCUCUGCCUUCCUCCCUCCAUGAGCGCCAUGCUGAGCUCGCUGAGGUACCUGGCCGGCUCGGCGGGCCCGAGCGGCUACGGCUCGCGCACCACCGCCGAGGAGGCCACCCUGCCCGCCGGCGACCUGGGCCACAUCACCGCCAUCGUCACCGGCGCCACCUCGGGCAUCGGCGCCGAGACGGCCCGCGUGCUGGCACGGCGCGGCGCCAGGCUCGUGCUCCCCGCGCGCAACCUCAAGGCCGCCGAGGAGACCCGCGCCCGCAUCCUCGGGGACGCCGGCUCCGGCGGCGACCGCGUCGUGGUGCUCCCGCUCGACCUCUCCUCCCUCGCCUCCGUCCGCCGCUUCGUCGGCCGCUUCCUCGCCCUCCGCCUCCCCCUCAACCUCCUCAUAAACAACGCGGGGCAGUACGCGGAGCGGUUCGCGGUGUCGGAGGACGGCGUGGAGAUGACCUUCGCCACCAACUACCUGGGCCACUUCCUGCUCACGGAGCUGCUCCUGCCCGCCAUGGCGGACACGGCCAGGGCCACCGGCGUGCAGGGCCGCGUCGUCAACGUCUCCUCCACCGUGCACGCCUGGUUCGCCGCCGACGACGGGCCCCUCGCCUACCUCCACCGCGUCACCCGCAAGGCCACGCCGUACGAUCCGACGCGGGCCUACGCGCUGUCCAAGCUCGCCAACGUGCUCCACACCGCGGCCCUCGCCGGCCGGCUCCGGGAGAUGGGCGCCGACGUCACCGCCAACUGCGUCCACCCCGGCAUCGUCCGCACCCGCCUCAUCCGCGACCGCGCCGGCCUCGUCACCAACACGGUGUUCUUCCUGGCGUCCAAGCUCCUCAAGACGGUGCCCCAGGCGGCGGCGACGACGUGCUACGCGGCGGUGCACCCGGCGGUGGCGGGGGUGUCGGGGCGGUACUUCGCCGACUGCAACGAGGCGGCGCCGUCGAGGCUGGCGUGCAGCGCCGAGGAGGCCUCCAGGCUGUGGAGCUUCUCCGAGGGCAUCACCGCCGAGAAGGAGAAGGAGAUGAGCCUCCCCGUCACCAGCUUCAGGUUCCAGGUCCAGAGCUCCAACGCCGACCGCGGCAUGGCCAUCGCCUAGGGAUCCGAGCACCGUAAAAUUAGUUUUGAUCGAAGAACGGCUACAAGUUGUCGCAGAACCUGAAACUGGAGGCUACCAUCAAAGUUAGUGCAAAGUUGAGUCACUUAUUUUGGAACGGAGGAAGUAUUACAGUAGAAUUAGUAUAGCAGUAGCAUAUAUACAUAUACCAUGUACUACCAGAGUAUAUAUAGCUGUAAAUACAUACCAUAUGUAUACUGUCAGUGCAAUAUAAUGCUUAGUGUGUUCCACUUCCUGAGCA